AUGGACCGUCAGGCCGCCGGAGUCCGGGCGCUGGGGGCCGCCGAGCCGCUUCGGGGUCCGCCGCUGCCGAGCGCGCGGGAGGCGCCCCCCAGCCCGGCGGCCACCUUUGCCCCCACUGACCACUCCGGGCAGCAGAGAGAGACCGAGAAGGCCAUGGAUCGGCUAGGCAAUGGAGCACAGAGCGUCCCUAAUGGUAGUCCUACCCACGGUGAGGGCACUCACUCGGAAGAGGAAGGCUUUGCUAUGGAUGAUGAGGAUUCGGAUGGGGACCUGAAUACCUGGGAGCUGUCAGAAGGGGUAUCCGACUGUCCGCCCAAGGAACAGGCUGCUGAUCUUUUUAACGAGGACUGGGACUUGGAGUUGAAGGCAGAUCAAGGGAAUCCGUAUGAUGCCGAUGACAUCCAGGGUUGCAUUUCUCAAGAUGUCAAACCUUGGGUGUGCUGUGCCCCGCAAGGAGACAUGAUCUAUGACCCCAGUUGGCACCAUCCGCCCCCGCUGAUACCCCAUUAUUCCAAGAUGGUCUUCGAAACAGGACAGUUUGAUGAUGCUGAGGAUUGAGUCUGCAGCUUCUUGCCUGGUGGGUGGGCCUGCCCUCCAGAUGAAGGUCUCUCUUCCUUUCAUUGAGGUGAGAGGUCACAUUUGAGGACCCAUUCCCAGCGGUCCCGGAGUCGGGAACAUAGACUGGUGUUAACUAAGACCCCAGUGUCCUCCAGUUCUGUUGUUGUUGUUGUUUUUAGUGAGCUCCUCCUUGGGACAUGUGAGUGUUUGUGUCUGUGUCAGG